UUUCAACGCUACGUCGGCCUGCUACGAUUUACACACUCAUCUGUUUAUAAAAAGAAACCAAUGGAACACCAUUUCGCAAUUUCGUCUUCAAAAUUUGGCUUUUGAAAUCCCUUGGUACCAAAUUCUUUGGUGUAGUAAUCAAAAUUUUAAUGACUGACAAGGACAUUUUAAGUCACAACACCAGUAAGAAGGAAGCGUUUACAUAAAGAGUUUGGUACCACCGUGUCAACAAAUUCUGAAGACGAAAACACAAAUCCACAAAAAAUAACAAAAAAAUAUAUAAAUAUAUUUAAUAAUAAAAAUUAAAAAAAAAAAAAAAAAAAAUAAAUAAAUAAAUAAAAGAAAGAAAUAAACUAAAAUCACAAAUUGAAUCAUCUGACAACGAUGACCGCUGUACCUCAAAGUAAACAAUAUAAUAUUACGCACAUUCAACAACGUUUCAACUGGGAUUGCGGGGUGACCUGCAUUUUAAUGAUAUUGUCCUCAUCGCAACGUAAACAGUUCCUAAACAAUUUCGAGAGCAUCUGCAAGGAUGAAGGUUUCGGUGUCAGCACCUGGACAAUCGAUCUCUGUUAUCUGCUGCUUCGCUAUCACGUGCGUCACGAAUACUUAACGCAAACGAUUGGCGUGGAUCCAAGUUACAAGAAGCAUUCAUACUAUUCACAUGUACUGGACAAGGACGAGAAGCGGGUGAUGCGCAGGUUCAAGGAAGCGUCUGCGAAAGGCUUGCGCAUCCAGCAGCGUACGGUGAACAUGCAUGCGAUUGUUAUGCACUUGGCACGCCAUGGACCAAUUAUACUGUUAACAAAUGCCUCGCAACUCAUUUGCGAAGUGUGCCGUCGUACGAUUCGUGAAAAGUUUGGUUUUCAUCUCUUCUGUUUUGCCCAAAAUAAAAACAAAAGUUUUGCUGGACACUAUGUGGUGCUAUGUGGCUACGACGCAGAAGCACAUACAAUAUUUUAUAACAAUCCAGAAACACGCGAUGGCCAUACUUGCCGCUGUUCACCGGCUUCUAUGGACACAGCACGCUCGGCUUUCGGCACCGAUCAGGAUAUUAUAUUCAUUUUCGAGAAAUCGAAACGCAAAAAGUAAACACCAGGAUGCCGAUGGAGUCGACAUAAUGUCAUACUGUACCUGGCCAGCAGUUGCCACAGUUGUUGUUGUUAAAUUGGACCUGCUAGCUUUUGUGAUAUUUACUUGUAUUAGGACUGCGAUCUGAUCGUACUUGGCUUGGCCUUUCAUCUGACGUACCUAAGCUAUAUGUACCGUUAGUUUUCAAUAACUAACUUUGUUGUCAAUAUAAUUUGCUUACUUUA